GCAGAAGAUUGUACCGCCUCGACCUGCCUCGACAAGUUUGGCCACCAGCGUCUUGGACUGUGGCGGUAUACCAAACUGUACAACACCGCCACCACUCGAGCCAUCUGAUGAUCUGAAGGAACUGUUCUGGCUGAUCUAUGUACAAAUUCUGCUCAUUUUACCACAUAAACACCAGAGCACAAGAUUCUCAUUUCUCGCGUAUACUUAAGUGUUGUACUUAACACUUUUUUCCAACUCGUCUCUCAAACUUAUUCAACAUCAUUCCGAGGACCGAAAAAAAUCAUUCAAGAUGCCAGUCAUAAGCUCGAUGCUCAAGUUCGCCCUGCUCUUAUCUGUGGCCCUUUCCCAAUUGUCCUUGACGGGUGCCAACUCGAUCGUCUCGCCAAAGGCUCACGAAACACUCAAGCCAGGCCAGAAGCUCGAGGUAAUCGUCAAAAGAAAUUCCACCGAUGCGUCCGUCAAGACGAUCGCUUUCGCCGCCGGGUUGUCCGUCUAUCCAGAGAGUCUUGGAAGACCUUUCCUGCGCACCGUCGAAGUUGGAAAGGGCGAAGCUAAAUGGAACUCGAAAGACGCGACUUACACAUUCGAAGUCACCUUGCCUUCAGCCAGCGAUUUCAUCGACCAGUUCUCUAAACCGUAUACUUUGGCUGUCUCUGAGUAUUACUUGAAAGGGCCCUCCAACACGCCCACUUUAGGAUUAUCCAACACUCCUGUGACGAUAAAAUCAAACUGAGCUUAUUGAUGGCCACAGGUAAAGUUGGCCUUAGCGACCGCUCAAGUAUUCGCAUUUGUUCUCUCAGCUUGACCAACGAUCGUUUUUUUUCUGGAUCAAACACUCAGACAUAGUAGUAGAAAUCUGGCUGUGAAGCUGUCGUCCAAUUGUUCCUAUAAAAAAAGCACAAAUUGAACCCUGAGCUUGGGGGGUUGAAGAAUUACGUAAUUGUGGACCUCUUUCUCCUUUUAUAUGGAUUGGCCUUUCAAGCCCGCUGUUUCUUUAGUUUCAAUAAAUAAAAUAUUGGGAAUGAGUUCGAC